GGCUGAGCAAAAUGACCCAAAGAUGCCUAGAUCUUCAUUAUCAUCUAUGAGAGGUCCGAGUAGAUCGGAAUUACGGUCAUCGUCUAAAAGGUAUCAACAUCGACCGGCACCAUCCAAAAAAG